AAUAAGGCCGGGCCGGCCACUUUGAGUGCUCAAGUGGCUCUGCCGAGCGCUGGCCAAGCGGCAGCGGCCAUGGCGCUGGCAGGUCUGACCGCGGGCUUGCAGGUCCCGCGGGUCGACCCCAGCGCGGACUCGGACUCGGACACAGACUCGGAGGACCCGAGUCCCCGUCGCAGCGCGGGCGGUCUGCACCGCUCGCAGGUCAUCCACAGCGGGCACUUCAUGGUGUCGUCGCCGCACAGCGACUCGCUGACCCGGCGGCGUGACCAAGAGGGGCCGGUCGGGCUUUCCGACUUCGGGCCGCGCAGCAUCGACCCCACACUCACCCGCCUCUUCGAGUGCUUGAGCCUGGCCUACAGCGGCAAGCUGGUGUCUCCCAAGUGGAAGAACUUCAAAGGCCUCAAGUUGCUCUGCCGAGACAAGAUCCGCCUCAACAACGCCAUCUGGAGAGCCUGGUAUAUCCAGUAUGUGGAGCGGAGGAAGAGCCCCGUCUGUGGCUUCGUGACACCCCUGCAGGGGCCAGAGGCUGACGAGCACCGGAAACCGGAGGCUGUCGUCCUGGAGGGGAAUUACUGGAAGCGGCGCAUCGAGGUGGUGAUGCGCGAGUACCACAAGUGGCGCAUCUACUACAAGAAGCGGCUCCGAAAGUCCAGCAGAGAAGGGGAUCUCUUGGCCCCCAAGCAGGCGGAAGGUGGGUGGCCGCCGCCAGAGCGAUGGUGCGAGCAGCUCUUCUCCAGCGUGGUGCCCGUGCUGCUGGGGGGCCCCGAGGAGGAGACCGGUGGGCGGCAGCUGCUGGACCUGGACUGCUUUUUGUCCGACAUCUCCGAUACACUCUUCACCAUGACACAGCCCAGCCCCUCGCCCCUGCAGCUGCCCCCAGAGGACGCCUACGUCGGCAAUGCUGACAUGAUCCAGCCAGACCUGACGCCUCUGCAGCCCAGCCUGGAUGACUUCAUGGAGAUCUCAGAUUUCUUCACAAACUACAGACCCCCACAGAUACCCACAUCUUCAAACUUCCCAGAGCCCCCCAGCUUCAGCCCCGUGGCUGACUCUCUCUUCAGCAGUGGGAUCCUCGGCCCGGAGCCACCCCCAGCUCCCUCCAUCAUGACCCACCUCCCGGGACACAACCGCCUGCAGGCUCGGAACAGCUGCCCUGGCUCCUUGGACCCCAGUGCCUUCCUGAGCUCUGACUUCCUCCAUCCUGAAGACCCCAAGCCCAAGCUCCCGCCCCCUCCUGCCCCACCACCUCUCCUCCAGUACCCUACCCCUGCCAAGGUGCCAGGCCUGGAGCCCUGCGCCCCGCCCUCCUUCCCGCCCCUGGCUCCGCCCCCUGCCUUGCUGCAGGAGGAGCCCCUCUUCUCUGCCAGGUUUCCCUUCGCUGCAGUCCCCCCUGCCCCAGGAGCAUCCCUACUGCCGGCUCCCACAGCCUUCCCACCUGUGCAGCCUGCCCCAGGCCCUGCCCCUGUGGCAUUCCCCUUAGACCAUCUGCCCUCGGGGUACCCAGAGCCAGCCUUGGGCCCUCACUUCGCAGUGCCUCAGGGUGUGCAGCCCCGAGGCAAGCCCCCCACCCCAUCCUCCAGGGGACGGAAGGCCGGUGGCCCCACCUUGGCCCCUGCCACUGCCAGAAGCAACAACCCCUGCCUCACGCAGCUGCUCAGGAGAGCCAAGCCUGAGCAAGCCCUGGAACCACCGCUGGCGCCCAGUGCCCUCCUGCGGGCCCCAGGGUCUCCGCAGGAGACCAUCUCCGAGUUCCCCUGUGCCUUCUUUCCUCCAAACCCGGUCCCUACACCACCCCGACCACCUCCAGCCCCGACCACAUUGGUCCCUCCCAGGCCCCUGAUUGUCCCCAAAGCAGAGCGGCUGUCACCUCCAGCACCUGGCGGCAGCGAACGGCGGAGGUCAGGGGAGCUCAACUCCAUACCAGCCCCAGGGGCGCUGAGUGUCAGCGUCUCCCCCCCUCAGCCCAUCCUUUGCCGGGGCCGUCCUGACAAUAACAAGACUGAGAACCGUCGCAUCACGCACAUAUCUGCGGAGCAGAAGCGUCGCUUCAAUAUCAAGUUGGGGUUCGACACCCUGCACGGGCUCGUGGGCACACUGAAUGCCCAGCCCAGCCUCAAGGUGAGCAAAGCAACCACGCUGCAGAAGACAGCCGAGUACAUCCUCAUGCUGCAGCAGGAGAGGGCGGCCAUGCUGGAGGAGGCCCAGCAGCUGCGGGACGAGAUCGAGGAGCUCAAUGCCGCCAUCAGCCUGUGCCAGCAGCAGCUGCCCGCCACCGGGGUGCCCAUCACACACCAGCGCUUUGACCAGAUGCGAGACAUGUUCGACGACUACGUCCGGACCCGAACACUGCAGAACUGGAAGUUCUGGGUAUUCAGCGUCCUCAUCCGGCCUCUCUUCGAGUCCUUCAAUGGGAUGGUGUCCACGUCAAGUUUGCACAGCCUCCGCCAGACAUCGCUGGCCUGGCUGGACCAGUAUUGCUCCCUGCCUGCCCUCCGGCCAACUGUCCUGAACUCCCUGCGCCAGCUGAGCGCUUCAACCAGCAUUCUAACUGAUCCCAGCCGUGUGCCUGAGCAAGCCACGAGGGCAGUCACAGAGGGUCCUGUCGGCAGACCACUAUAGUCCUGGCAGAUGACGCUGAGCUCCAGUGACAACUUGCUGGGCACUCUCCUCCUGUCCCAGGCUCUGACUGGCUCCUUCCCUGAGGGUUGAAUGGGACCCAGGUCUCCCACCUCCUAGAGGCCAAGAGGAGGCGUGUCCCUGUCCCUGCUGUACCACUGAUGUGAUUCUGGGCCACUCGCAGCCCCAUCUCUGGAUUUCUAUUUCCAUUCAGCAAAAUGGGGAUAGGGGAAGGUUCAGCCACCAGAUGACCCCAAGGCAGCUGUGACACUGGGGACCUAAGCUGCCAGCUCAGAGAAGGAGGAGGACAGCCCUCUUUCCCUGUCACUUCUGCCUGCUCCUCCACAGGGGCCACCAGCCUCAGUUCCUGAGCAGGGAGGCAGAUAGGAGGGUCUCCCUCUGCUCCUGCUGCCAAGCUGCAGGGCUGCAGGAGGCUUCCCUUGGGUGAGGCCAGGGGGGCCUGGUGCCAGGAGAGACCAGGGCAGGGGUAGCCACAGCAGGACAGGCAUCUUGUGUGAGUGUGGCUGUGUGCGUGUGGGUUUUAUAAAUAAUUCUUGAUCAAUAAAAGAAGAAAAUGCCUGCCUGUGGGAUGGCGGCGUGACUGUCAACGUGUGUCACUCUGGGUGGUCACCUCUGCUGACAGUGGAAGGUGCCUUUGUAGAGGGCCAUGUGGAUUGUGAAAUGAUCUUAGCUUUUACUCUGAUCUAGAAGCUGCUGGAAGGUUUUGGGUGGAGGUGAAACUUCUUUCCAGGAGCUCCUGGGUGCUGAGCUGAGAACGGGAAGAGGCAGGGAAACCCACCCCCUGGAAGUCCUCCUCCGUAGACAGCAGAAGGCUCCAUGGGUUCCGUGUCUUUGGAGUUGGAAGACAGCAGAGCCAGGACCAAGGAGUGGAAGUGACCACCCUGCUGUGUGAGGGGACAAGUAGAGGGUGGAUAGCUACUUGGUUGGGAUGCCCUAGAAGGAACUGGUACUUCAGGUGUGGAGUCGCAUGAGGAGGCUAAGGCCCCCAUGCUUCUCCUUCCUUCAUUCAUAAAACAAGCGUUGCCCCAGGGACUGUAGUGGGGCCCGGCCAGGGCAGUGGCUCUGUGGAUUCUGUUCAUUGCUGUAUCCCUCCUCCUGCAGUUGGCAUCCAAGCCUGCAGGUUGGGAUCCUUUUACAUCUUCUCAGAACUUCUGGAGACACUUUCAGAUAUAAAUAGCAGACAGAGCUUUCUGUGGCCUUUCCUUUUCCCUCAUUCAUUUGAAAAAGAACACUAAUUUGGCCAUGGUGGCCAUACC